CGAACUACGGGUCUUAUUGAAGACACAGUGUACUUACAAGUUGUCAGCGAAGCCACAAUGCAGUUCCUAUACAUUUUGCCAGCAGUUUUUCUCGCUGUUUACGCUCAGGACUUCGAACUAGACACAUACCCAGAAUGGUACGUGCAAAACCACCAGAGAGAGAAAAGAGACGUCACUCUUGAUAAAAAGAUUGGAGAUGGUCGCGUUUUCGGUACUCUCGGCCAGAAUGACGCUGGUCUGUUUGGGAAAGGCGGUUACGAGCAUCAGAUUUUUAACGAUAACCGCGGCAAACUUAAUGGACAGGUGUAUGGGACACGGGUGUUGGGUCCUUAUGGUGACUCCUCACACGUCGGUGGAGCCCUGAAUUGGCAGAACCCUAACGCUGCUGCGUCUUUAGAUGUUAGCAGACAGAUCCACGGGGGAACUUCGUACCAAGCAGCGGCUGGUGGGAGGUGGCCCGUUGGAAAAAACGGUGACUUUUCGCUCCAGGGUACGUACGGUAAACAACACGGCUUACCCCGCCAGUACGGUGGACUGGCCAAUUUUAACUAUCGGUGGUAAAUAACUUUUUCCUUGUUUUUUUUUUGUAAAUAGUGUACAUAGCCAAAACUUAUGUACUUAUACUAUAAGUAUAUUACAUAAUAAUUUCAUAUUAAUAGAACUUUACUUAAUUGUAAUAUUAAUAUAUAUUUAAUAUCUACCUAAUUAAAGUUUUUUGUUUAUUGUUUAUCUACUUAAUAAUAUAUUCUGUGAUUUGUAAAUACUUUUAUGUUUCUGUCAAUAUAAUUAAAAUAAUAGAUUACAUA